GUGGUUGAAACGGUGCCGUUCUCGAUUUCUCAUAUUUUCUUCCUGUUUGGUUGCCUGAUAGCCCAUACUGCUCGCGAGCUUUGCCCGACUUCCUCACUGGGAUCUCCCCGAGUCUCUGUCUCUCUCCGAGUGCGAGAGCUGUGUGUCGGUGUGAAUGUGUAAUGACGAGAACUCUGAAGGCAUCAUCUUCUAACAACAAUAGCGGCAGGAGACCUACCAUUCUUCAUCUCGUCUGCGCUGCCGCCAUUUUCUCUCUCCUCCUUUUCGCUCUCCAGUCCUCUUUCUUCACUGGUAACGAGAAAGUCGAUGUUGUUAGAAGCGAGGAAGUUCGAAUUUUGUCGGAUUUCCAAUCAAGUGUACAACAAUGCGUGGCCAACAGAGGUCUUGGACUUACUGCCCACAUUAUUGACCACUGCAAAUUGAUACUCAAAUUUCCUGAAGGCACCAACAGCACCUGGUACAAUGAGCAAUUCAAAAUAUAUGAACCUUUGGAGUACAAUUAUGAUGUUUGUGAUGCUAUUCUACUCUGGGAACAGUACCGUAACAUGACUACAGUAUUGACAAGAGAAUAUCUAGAUGCUCGGCCGGAUGGAUGGUUAGAAUAUGCAGCAAAGAGGAUAGCACAAUUGGGGACAGGCAAAUGCUAUAAUAGGUCUCUUUGUGAGGAACACCUUAAUUUAAUCCUGCCAUCAAAGCCCCCCUUUCACCCUCGCCAGUUCCAUAAAUGUGCCGUUGUUGGGAACUCUGGUGAUCUAUUAAAGACAGAAUUUGGGGAAGAGAUCGAUGGUCAUGAUGCUGUUAUACGAGACAAUGAGGCCCCUGUUAAUGAGAAAUAUGCGAAGCAUGUUGGUUUGAAGAGAGAUUUCCGGCUUGUAGUUAGAGGUGCUGCUCGUAACAUGGUUACUAUACUCAAGGGGUCUGCCGAUGAAGUACUUAUAAUUAAAAGUGUGACCCACAGAGACUUCAAUGCAAUGAUAAAGGGUAUUUCAAAUCCAGUUUAUCUCUUUCAAGGUAUUGUAUUGCGCAGAGGUGCCAAAGGAACUGGAAUGAAGUCUAUAGAACUAGCACUUUCCAUGUGCGACAUUGUUGACAUUUAUGGUUUCACUGUGGAUCCUGGCUAUACCGAAUGGACCCGUUAUUUCUCCACCCCAAGAAAAGGACACAAUCCACUGCAAGGCCGGGCAUAUUACCAGCUUCUAGAGUGCCUUGGUGUGAUUAGGAUACAUUCACCCAUGAGAGCAAAAAGGAAUCAAGAUUGGUCAGAUGUGCCAGAUCGAGAAAUGAUAAGCAGAGCUCAUGCUGCAGCCUUGCGCUUAAAGAGGGGUCAGGCUGGUGGAUUGGGACAGUUCGGUAGCUGUAAGGUGUGGGGCAAUGUAAGCCCAGACAGCAAUGGUCCAAUUUCAGGAUCUCCAGACAUGAGUGAUGUCAGGAAGAAUUCAAAUUACAGUAAAUGGGAAGUCAUGCCUAUUGAGAGCCUGCGAAUGGAAGCACAAGAUCACUACAUUCAAAUGGAAGGUGUCUCUUUAUACAAAAUGGAUGGCAAUAGGUUGGAUGAUUUGGUGUGCGUGAGACAUUCCUUGAAAUCUGAAGUAUAGGUGAACGUCUUGGGUUGGAUCACUAUAUUCAAAUGGAAGGUGUCUCUUUAUACAAAAUGGAUGGCAAUAGGUUGGAUGAUUUGGUGUGCAUGAGACAUUCCUUGAAAUCUGAAGUAUAGGGGAACUUUUUGGGUUGGUUCUUUCAUGCUCCGAAUAGUUGAUUCCUUGGAUGCAGGUAUAAUUAGUUUGACAUAGAAAGCAAGAACCGUUUCUAAGUUAUAAGUCUGCACCAUCACUCAUUUUGUCCAUAUUGAAGCAAGCAUAGAGGUGAUAUCCUUCUGGAAGAUAUGAUCCGUAGCAGCCUGAUGAUAGAAAUAAACUUUUUAACCCCCACAUUUGCAAAAUCCUCGAGAAACCUCAGCACUUUGUAUCCAGUGUCUUGACCUAAUGUAGAUUUUCUUGCAGGUUUCUGAAUGCAAGGUCGAAGGAAAUCCCAAAAGCUGUAUUUGAUUUUUAUUAUGCUGUUUAUGAGUUUCUUUUUCUUGGGUUGAGACUGCUGUACAGUUGAUGGCCGUGCCGUUGGGAGCCGGGGAUUCAGGAUACUUCAGACAUCAGAGAAAGAAUCGUAAUUUUUUGUGAUUAUGCAAAAUGGGAGUAACGGGCUGAUUUGAUUUUCGACGAGGGCAGGUAGUCGUAUAUUUUUCUGAUAAAUUAGGAACCAUUAUAGAAGCUACUUUUUGUGCUUGAUGGCGGAUUUUUAUUUUUAUUUUUUAUUAGUCAUUGUUUAUUUAUUGUAUCAUUGCAUAUAGAAACUUUGAUGCCUUGGAAUGAGGCCAGAAUACACCUUUCUUUCAUCUCCA